AUGGCGUCUCAAUUGCUUUUACUCGGUCUCUUAUUAUUUGCAACGUUUUCGCGCAUUUUGGCUACGGACCCUAGCCAACUCCAAGACUUCUGUGUGGCAGAUCCAAAUAGCGAUGUUUUGGUGAACGGGGUGGUUUGCAAAGAUCCGAAGCUUGUGAAAGCAGAUGAUUUCUUUUUUAGAGGGCUCAACAUGAUGGGAAAUACAUACAAUGAUGUCGGGUCUAAUGUGACUCAAGUGACUGUAGCACAGUUAGCCGGACUAAAUACUUUAGGUAUUUCCAUGGUUCGUAUUGACUUCGCACCAUAUGGUCUUAACGCUCCACACACGCACCCUCGAGCCACUGAAAUCUUGACUGUAAUCAAAGGUAGUCUACUAGUUGGGUUUGUCACCUCUAAUCCUAAUAACACCCUCUUCACAAAAGUACUUGAGGUGGGUGACGUUUUCGUGUUCCCACAAGGUUUAAUUCACUUCCAAGCAAACGUCAACGGACAUGACAAUGCUGUUGCUAUUGCUGGUUUGAGUAGCCAAAAUCCCGGGGUCAUUACUAUUGCAAAUGCUGUGUUUGGAUCAAACCCUGAUAUCGAUGCCAAUAUUCUUGCCAAGGCCUUUCAAGUUGACGUCGACGUCGUUACUAAAAUUCAGGCCAAGUUCUGA